UUUCCUCACAUUUGCAAUACACUUUCAAACAGCCAUCACUGCCCAGGUCCUGUCUGCUGUCACAGAGCUCUAAAAGCAGUCUUCUAAACGGAGAGGGAGAGAGAAAUCAAUAGGCACAGAGAUAGAAGAACGAAACAACUUCUGCUGGACAGACUUCAGAAACUGUGUGUGUGGCAGGGUGAAUGUCCUGUACCCUGUAACUAUGAAGGCCACAUAUGUGCUACUUUGCGUGGGUCUGGUUGUUCUUCCUGCUACAAUCUGUCAGUCUCCUGCUGAACGUGACUCUUACACAGAGUGUACAGAUGGCUAUGAGUGGGACGUGCAGACUCAACUCUGUCGAGACAUAAACGAGUGUGAGACUAUACAGCAGGCUUGUCAGGGAGAGAUGAAAUGCUUUAAUCACUAUGGUGGUUACCUGUGCCUUCCUCGCUCGGCCUCUGUGAUCACUGCACCUGAAGCCUCCAGCCAAUCAGAGCCCAGCGUGCCUGUGGAGAGUAACGAGGCCUUUAACCCCUGUCCUGUAGGCUACAGGGCCCAAGGAGAGUCCUGUGUGGACAUUGAUGAGUGUGAAUUGGACUUGCAUGACUGUCAGCCCAGCCAGGAAUGCAUCAACACCGUGGGCACCUACACAUGUCAGUGCCCUGACGGCUACAGCAAGAUUGGCAUAGAGUGUGUGGAUAUCGACGAGUGCAGGUACAGGUACUGUCAGCAUCGCUGCGUGAAUGUGCCAGGAUCUUUCUCUUGUGAAUGUGAGCCUGGCUUCCAAUUGGCAGGAAACAACAGAUCCUGUGUUGAUGUAAAUGAGUGUGAGAUGGGAGCACCUUGUCAACAAAGAUGUUACAACAGUUAUGGUACAUUUCUGUGUCGCUGUGAUCAAGGCUAUGACCUGGGACCUGAUGGCUUCUCAUGCAAUGAUAUUGAUGAGUGCAGCUAUUCCAGUUUCCUUUGCCAGUUUCAGUGUGUGAACGAGCCGGGAAGAUUCUCCUGUGUAUGUCCAGAAGGUUACGAGCUAGUUGGAACACGACUCUGCCAGGAUGUGAAUGAGUGUGAGACAGGCACUCAUCAGUGUGGGGAGGGACAGGCCUGUGUGAACAUCCAUGGUGGACAUCAAUGUGUCAACUCCAACCGCUGCCAGAACCCAUACGUCCAGGUCUCAGAGAAUCGUUGUAUAUGUCCAGUGGUGAAGCCAGAGUGUCGUGACCUGCCCUUCUCCAUUGUGCAUCGAUACAUGAGCAUCACCUCCGAACGCUCGGUUCCCUCUGACAUCUUCCAGAUCCAGGCCACCAGCGUCUAUCCUGGAGCCUACAACUCCUUCCGCAUUCGUUCUGGAGAUGAAAAUGAUGACUUCUACAUACGGCAAAUCAACAACAUCAGUGCCAUGUUGGUUUUGGCCAAAGCAGUGACUGGACCAAAGGAGUACGUCAUCGAUCUGGAGAUGGUGUCUGUCAAUCCUCUCGUAAACUACCAGACCAGCUCUGUUCUGCGUCUCUCUGUUUAUGUUGGGCCUCAUGCUUUCUGAGAGAGAUGGAGAGACAAACAUAGGAAAAACACUGUAUGAAUACAGUAUAUACAAUGCAGUAUAUACAAGAAUAUCUUUAUUCAGUCUAUUUCUGCUUUUGUGUGUUAAAAAUUGGCAACACAGAUCCACAAAUCACCACCUUAAUGAUGUGAAAUGAUCUGUUUUUGAGGCUGACUGCAGGCCGUUGACUGCAGCCCUAUUCUGGGAAGCGCUAAAGCAUCUGAACAUUCAUUCCUCUCACUUUGUCACCAUGGACUCAUUCUCACUCAUACAUGCAGCGUACAAGCACACACCAUAAACACACACAUAUCUGCUGCAGAUAUUUCAGAAAGAAACAUCAGGAUAUAAUUUAAUUUCAAUCGCCAUUUAACAAAACAAAAAAAUGUUUAGAAUUAUCUAAGCGACAUACAAUACACAUUCCAAAGAACUUUUGUAAUUGCAUUUAUGUAGUGUAAUACUGUGUCAUUUCAGAAAACACUAACACACUAAAGAAAAAUCCAGGUUUCUAUAAGCCUUAAAUGAGAACUCAUUUUUAUUUUACAUUUUUUUUAACAUCAAGUGUUGCAAAUUCUCUAAUGCUUAUUGAAUUCUGUACUUCUACUUGUUUACUCAGACUACGAAAUUAUACAAAAAUCGUUUUCUUUAGUUUUAUUUUUUGCAUAAUUUCAUUGUUAAAGUAAAAAAAAAACGGUGUAAAAGUAAUACAUUAAAGAAAACAAUUCUAAUCCUCCCUU